AUGGACGCUGCCGGCCGGCCGGCCGCCGGUCCCGGGGGACGGUGCCCCGGGAAGGAGGAGGAGGCGGCGUACGCGGAGGUGUGCGUCUCGGCCGGAGCAGAGAGCGAGGCCCGGGCGAGCGGGACGGCGGACGGCGGGGCGGCGGCGGCCGCGGAGGGCCCGGCCCCGGCAGGGCAUCGUCCCGAAGCCGCCGCCCCGGGAUGCGGCGCGGGGCCGGGGUCGCCGUCCUCCUCCUCCUGCCCCUCGGCGAGCAGCGCGGCGGGCGGCGGGGGGGCGGAGGAACCGGCGGCGGCCGGGGGCCAAACCUCCUCCUCCUCCUUGGGCUGCGAGAGCGACGAGGAGGCCGGAGCGGGGCGCGGGGCCGGCGGCCCCUCCCGGAGAGCCCCCGGGGGCGCGCCCGGCGCGGCGGGGCCGCACUACAUCAGCACGCAGGAGAUCCAGCUGAGCGAAGUGGACCACGAUAUGGACUUCGACGCGGGGCUGGCCGCCCGCUGGGACUUCGAGGACGACAACGUGAUCUACUCCUUCGUGGACUACGCCUCCUUCGGCAGCGACGAGACCCCCGGCGACACGCCGACGGAGGAGGACAACAGCUGCUACCUCAGCACGACGCCCAGCGAGCGCACGGCGCGGGCGGACAGCGCGGGCAGCGGCAGCGAGGCGGCGGGCGGCAGCUCGGGCAGCGACGCGCCUCGGCGGCCCGGCGGCGCGGGAGCGAGCCCCGCGGGACACAUCCUCCUAUCAAUCAAAGCGGCCUCGCGGGCUAUAAAUGAGUGUAGCGCCGCGCGGGAAGAGCGCGACGCAAUCUACGCCGCCGAGCAUGAAGGCGACAUGAGCCUCCGCGUCGCCGCGGCCCCGGAGCGCGCGGCGGGCUUCGGGCAGGACGCCGGCCGCCAACACGCCAAAAAGUUCAUCGCCGUCCCCGCGCGCCUGCAGACGCGCUGCGGGGCCAGGGAGGCGGGCGGCUGCUCCAGCGGCGCCUCCAGCGCCGUCAGCGAACUGGACGACGCCGACAAGGAGGUGCGCAACCUGACGGCCCGCGCCUUCCGCAGCCUGGCGUACCCCUACUUCGACACCCUCAGCCUCGGCUCCCGCGCCUCCUCCGCCUCCCUCUCCGACCAUGCGCUGGGCGUCAACCGCUGGUCCACCUACCUGGACCUCAAGUGCGGUGCGCUGGGACCGCGGGGCGCGACGGGCGGCGGGCAGCUGUGCGUGCGCUCCGGCAAGGCGCCCAGCAGAGCGCUGCAGUUCGUGGUCAGCAAGCUGGACGGCGAGAUCGCGCACGUCGAAGCGCCGCCGCCGCCCCGGGGAACGCUCAGCAUGCGGGAGCCCGGCCGGGCCGCCCGCCCCGAUGAGGAGGAGGCCAGCAAGAAGUCCAGGUUCGCCUCCAGCCUGCUGAAGAACGUCAUCUCCAAGAAGAUGCAGCUGGAGCACGAGUUCAAGAUGGAGCGGGGCGAGCUCACCGACACGUCCUCGGCGGGGCCCGGCGCCGCGCCUCCCGCCGGCCGCGACCCGGAGCCCGGCGCUGGGACCGGAGGCGGCGGGCGGCCGCGGGAGGGCGGCGUGCAGCGGCAGAGCUCCCGGCUCUCGGAGGGAGGCUCGGAGCACGGCGCGCCGCCACCAGAGGAGCCGGGGGAGCGCGGCGGCGGGCGCUCGCCGGCUUCCAAAGCGUCGACGCCGCGCGAGGGGAGCCAGGAGAGAGCUGCAGCGGAGGAGGCUGCCGAGGCCCGGCGGGGCGGCUCGGAGGCGGCCAGGGCCACCUUCCUGCGCAGCCAGCACAGCGCCUUCAGGUCAUGGAAGGAGCGGGAGGCGGAGAGCAAGGAAGAGCGGGCGCCCGGCGGCAAGGCGAAGCCGUUCCCGCGGCUCGAGCCGGGCGAGGCGGCCGCCGGCAAGGCCACCAAGCUGUCGCGCCUGUUCGUGCCCGGCAUCCAGCACGCCGCUAAGGAGAAGGAGCACGCCGCUAAGGAGAAGGAGCCCGCCGGGCAGCGCCCCGCCGCCGCCUCGCCGCCCGCCGCCAGGCCGCGGCUCCCCGAGAUCAAGAUCAGCCUGGGGCCGCCCGCCGAGCCGCCGUUCAGCAUCGCGCAGCUGCUGACGCCGCAGCUGGCCGCCCGGCCGCCCGACACCAGCCACAGGGCUCCGCGGGCCGACGGCUCCGACAGGGUGCCGCAGUUCCUGGUGCGCGACGUGCGGGAGGGCAAGGGCAAGGCGCAGGCUCCCCUGCAUCAGGUGCGGGACGUCCGUAAGCUGAUCAAAGGCUCCCACGGCGGCGACUCGGCGGAUAACAGCAGCGACAGGGGCAGCGUGGGAUCCGAGCAGGGCGGCGCCGAGCACCGGCAGCCCGGCCCGGCCGAAGCGGGGAGCAAAGCGGCGGCGGGCGGCCGGGCGCUGGGCUGCCCGCCGGAGGGCACCGUGCUGGUGCACCGCACCUCGGGCCGCCUGCCCGUGGCCACCAUCGCGCCCAACAAGAGUGACCCGCGGCAGCCCGCCGUGCUUAAGAUCGUCGCCAAGUCGGCCGCGCCCUGGCGGCAUCAGGCGGCCCCGGCGCCCGCCGAGAAGGGCCGCGGCGCGGAGGAGGACACGCGGGAGGAGGGCAAGGCGGCGCCGGUGCAGAACGCGCUGGAGAAGCUGACGGCGGCGGUGCGCAGCAUGGAGGAGCUGUACAGCUUCAGCAAGCGCGAGUGGAAGCGCAAGAGCGACCCGCUGCCCAUCACCGGCAGCCACGUCCUGUCCCUCAUCGCCAGCCAGGAGCGCGACGCCGCGCCCCGCCCGCCCCUCGCCGCUGAGCCAACGCCCAAGGCGGAGGAGCCGGCGAACAAGGGGCCGGGCCCGGCGGGAGGAGAGCGACUGCCGCGCCGGGCCGCCAACCCUGCCGCCGCGACCGACAAGGUGUCCGCCAAGGCGGCCGCCUUCGAGAGCCUGGCCCGGCAGCGCCAGCGCGGCCCCGCGCCGCCCCGCGCCCUCCUCACGCUCCGCGGCCCCGCCGCCGCCGCCGCCGCGCCGCCCGCCAAGCCCCCGCCCGCGGGCGGCCCCGGGCUGCCGUCCGCCGCCGAUGGCUCCGCCGCCCCGCCGUCUCCCGACGCCGCGGCCGCUCUGUUCCCGCCGGUCCUGCCGCCCUUCGCCGCCGCGCCGCCGGCGCCGUUUUUCUGCUUCUCGCCAUCCGUGGCCGCGGCCGAGCCGCUGCCGCAGCGGCGGGUGCUGUUGGACGUAAGCAGCGGGCAGUACUACCUGAUGGACGCGCCGCCGCAGCAGCCCGCCAAGCGCCGCCUCUUCGACCCCGAGAGCGGGCAAUACGUGGAGGUGCCCGUGCCGCCGCCCGCCGUCGCCCCGCUGCCGCUGCCCCUGUCGCCCCUCGCCCUCAACGCCGGCGCCUUCGGGGCCGCCUACAUGCUGUACCCCGGGCUGCUGCCCGCCGCCGCCGUGCUGCCCGCCGGCGCCCUGCCGCGCCCGCUCUCCCACCCGGGCAGCGAAGGCAGCGGCGCGGCCGAUCCGGGCAGCCCGGCGGAACCCGAGGGCCCCUACUACGUGCCCGGCGGGCAGGGGCCGGCGGCGCGGCGCGGGGCGGCUGAGGCCAAACCGCUCGUCAGCAUCACGGCGCCCGGCGGCGGCUCGCGGCUCGUGGCACCGCCCUCCUUCGACGGCACGACCAUGCGUCUGGUGGUGGAGCACCGCUGAGCGCCGGGCCAAGGAGGAAGGAUCACUCUCCUUUAAUUGAAAUGCAUCUGGUAACUCCAAACAUUCAUCCUAAAAACUGCUUCUACAGUUUUCUAAUUUUUUUGCUUCAUACAAAACAAGCGUGCAAGUUUCUGGUUUCCUCAACAACAGUAAAUCACUGCUUUAUUUUCUGCACAAUUGUUUUUGUAUGGAAGCUGCUCUGCAGACUUUGUAUGUGGCUGAAAGUGGUGUGGCUGCUGCAGCUGUCUGUAAAACAGAGUGUGCAAAUAGAGCUGUGUUUGGGUUUGGAUCAAAGCACAGUUUUCUCCAGGUGCAUGCAGUGGCUUGGGAUUAGCCAAUGUAGCCACAUGACUCUUGAAUAAGAAAUAAGACACUCAGCUCUCUGCCACUGCUGCACAUCACAAUCAUCCCCAUAGGUUUUGCUGCCAAUAUAAGGUCAGAUCUCUAUUUUGUACUCUAUAGUCAUGCACUUUGAAUUGCAAACAGAGAGAACUGUAGUGUUCAAGUCAUUUGUAGUGUUUAUUUUUUGGCAUGGUUCAAAAGAGAUUGUGUAAAUAUUGGAAGAUAUGUUUGAUUGCUUUCAUUUUUUGUUUGCUUCUUUGUACUGUAUUGAACAUCACAAGUUGCCUUAAUUAUCACAGUGUUGAAAUACUGGAAAGAAAAUGGAUGUAAUAUUUGUAGAUCUCAGUUCUAAAGGAGAAGACAGCAUUUAUUUUGCUUUAAGGCUGCAGUCUUUUCUGUUUCAAACUGCCACAUUGCCGAUACUCCUAGUGAUUCCCCUGAGAGAAACUUCUUUGUUCCAAUUCCAUUCACGCAGUCAUUUAACAGUGUCUGACAGGUUCACCUGAGGGCCACAUCCAUGCUAUCUUUAUUUCCUAAGAAAACAGUUCUCUUUUAAACAAGAAGCUCCAUAGUCGCUCAAAAUGCAGUGACUUGUGAGCGUGUGUCCAAUGUUGCUCAGACCGAUGAUUUUGCUGACAGCAACUACUUUUUCUCAGUAAAAAAGAAUUAUGAACAUGCAGAUGUAACUAAACUGCCGUGUUUCUUGCCCAAAGUUUCAGUCCAGUGAAGCCCUUUGAGAAGCCUGUAAGCAUAAGAUCAAACCUAAGUUAUUUAAUGUAAAAAUUUCUCAAGAUGAAACGUUGAAAAUUUAAAAUCUAAAUGCAAACCCCCAAAGCCUGUACUUAAUGAUUUGCCAUGUGCAGGGUUUUCCUGUGCCUACUUCUAAAUAAUUGUCACGCUAACAGGAAGAAGGGAAUUAUUCCACCAGUUUCCAAACUUGUGAUGGAGAAGCAUUCAAGUUAUUUGUAAACCUUUCUAUUUAUUUAGAAUAUAAAUAUAUUUGUAUAUGCAUUAUUCAUUAGCAUUUUUUGCUCUUUUAAACUGAGUAAAUCCUGAAAAGUUAAUUUCAUCCAUUCAGUGUUAGAACAGAAAAGAUCUGGUGGGUAGGCAGCACUGUGUGAAACAUGGUGCAAAUGGAAUAGCACAGCUAUUGCACUCUUGUGAAGGAGAUAGAUGCUGUCAGCAUUAGUGCUUGUGUUAUUAUAAAGUGAAUGUUCAACUGAGCAGUUUGUAAUUUGAAACAUUUACUGGGCUUUUGAUCAUAUUCUAUUACUAUUUUUUUUUGUGCAGAAUUUAGCUAUUUUCAUGAUCUUUCUACAUGAGAACCAAGUCUUUGGCUGUGCUGAUUUAUUUUACCUGACAAAGUAAUUUUUUACAUUCAUUUUUCCCCCCAAAUUGUCAUUUCCACAAGUAAUUUGCAAAACACAAAAAUCAGCUACAGCUGUCCUCAUAGGUGUGAGAUUUUGUUUGACAUUGCCCUCAGGAUGAGAUGCACUGCAUGUAUACAUAUAGUGACUGAUGUAAUAUGGAUCUUCUCAUUUAUCUCAUUGUUAUGGAAAUCUAAUUAAAAAUAAUAUUCUGACCCUUUUUAAGAGCUUGAAGUGCCCGACUAGAACUUGUAGCAUGUAAUCUUAAGUUUCUGCAUUUCUGUCAUUUGAUCUGCAGUUACAAGCCUUAACUUUUUGCUGGGAUUCUGGCUAAAUGCCUCUUAUGGAAAAUGAAUGCUUCUUCCCCGUUCUCUUUACUCAGUAAUUUUGUGUAUGUUACCAGUAGACCAUCAGUGUUAAAACAGUGCUUUGGACUGCAGGACAGCGCAGGUACCAGAGUAAGUUGUCCACUGGGACAAAGCUGUGUAUGGUACAUACAUUACAAUAUUAGCAUUCAUGUUUAAAAAUAUUUGCGUGCUACCUUUUCUUAUAUCGGUGCUCAGAGUGAAGUUUCAUGUUGUGGUUUACAAGACAUAGGUUUGCACACACAAACUCAGGGUUUACAGUUUUACCCAGUGUACUUGAAGGGAAAAAAUGCCUAGGAAACAAGUGCCCAGGAUUUCAAAACGUAGUUGUUUGAGGAAAAUUUUGUAUGUUUUUUUUUUGUUUGUUUUGUUUUUUUAAACUAUUAUUUUAACUGCCUGUAGAGAUGAAAGCAAUGACAUGAGGUGAUACCAACAGCUACUUUAUUUUCUCAGGGGAGAUUUCUUCAGUAGAAUGUAUCACUUCUAAUGUCAUACAGUGUUUGCUAGAUUUUGUCUGUUACCAAACGUUGCACAUGCCUGCAUGGAGGGGUGGGUUUUGCAGGGAGCUGAGCUGCCCAGCCCAGCCCAGCCAAGCCCUCCCGCACCUUGGCUCUGGAUCCCUGAGGAGAUUCCUGAGGUCUUCCUGGGGCCAUGGUGGUUUUUGGCCUGACAGCACGAUGUUUUGCUGAACUGGGCUGAGAGCAACCAGUAACAUGCAGGGCCAAGCCCAUGGUUCUUCACACAGUGUGCAUCCAGCCUGGGCUUAAGCCUGGCACACAGCAGAUACAGCCAGAAAAGACUGUUGGAAAAAAAUCUGGGGAUGUGGUGCUCCCCCAGGAUAGCCAGGGGUGAGUUUCUCCUUCUGAUGGAGUGAUGCAUAACUUCGUAUCUUGGGUGAGAGGCAAGCCCUUGGUGUUGGGGCCUACAAGCUGCUUGUAUUAGAUGUUUCACAGUGCGGUCACAGCACACUGCAGCUGAAAUUCAACGGGGAAAGGCCUGCCCACCACUUGGGUUCCCUCUCAACCCUGCGGCAGGGUUCAAGGCCUGUUGCAGCCAUGAGUUUUAGGUUCAGUGGGACUGGAGUGAUGCUUGAGCGUGGCUCCAGUCCUUCGCAGCGGGGUCAGUUUCGCUUGAGUAAAGUGAAGUCCCUGGUGAAUGAUUUCAAAUGUAUUUAUGGGUUGUGUGUGGUUUGUUUUUGUUUUUUUUUUUUUCCUCCUGUCUGCAUUCAAAGGUGCCUCUACUAUUUAGUGCUGAUGGCCGAAGUGUCAUUCCUAAUUCUCAUAAAUUACCAUUGACUUGUCACUACCCAAGAACACAUACAGUACUUUAAAAAUACUUGUGUUUUUCCACCUCUCUCUGUGUUUUUUUUUCUUCCCCAUCCCUCUUUUUUUCCAUUUUUUUCUUACUUGAUCCCCUUCUUUUUAAGGGGGUGGGUUAUAGUGUAAAGGUAUUUAAAAGUGCACGUGUGAGGAAAGGGCAGUGAUUGCUAUUAGAAUGUGGGUGGUAUGUCUGAUGGAAGAGCAGUGAGUUAUAAGGCAAACAGGAAAAUGCUGUGAAAGCGUUGUGUGGAUAACAUGGAAAAAUAAAGCUGUAAUUAGAGAAAAAUGGACUCUGAGCUGCUUCCAAUGUAGGCGACACUGUGGGAGCACGCAGCUGAAGCCUGGAGCAAUCCUGCUGCUGAGUGCCGUGAGCCUGGGAUGUUAGGGAAGCCGAGUGACUCCGGGAAUUGCACUACACGUCAGGGACACCUCGAGACGUCGGUAUCGCUUGAGAACAGACUGGUUGGAACUGCCGGAUACCGAAGGUUGUAGUUGAAUGAGUAAGCAUUUGUAUUAUGGGUGGGUUUUUUUCGUUUUGUUUUGUUUUGUUUGAAUGUUAUGACAAAUAAAAUGUAUUUUUCAGUAAAAGAUACACUUCAAAUG